AUGGCGAUCCAAGGGAUGGAGCUUUGCGCGGUGGCUGUGGUCAUCAUCCUGUUCAUCGCGGUCCUCAAACAGUUCGGGAUCCUGGAACCCAUGUCCAUGGAAGACAGCAGCGACAGCGAGUUGGAACUUUCAGCCAUCCGGCAUCAACCUGAAGGGCUGGACCGGCUCCAACUUCUAACCAAAUUCACCAAAAAGGAGCUGCAGUCCCUCUAUAGAGGUUUCAAGAACGAAUGUCCCAGCGGCCUCGUGGAUGAAGAGACCUUCAAGCUCAUCUAUGCCCAAUUCUUUCCCCAGGGAGAUGCCACCAUGUAUGCCCACUUCCUGUUUAAUGCUUUCGACGUGGACCGGACCGGAGCCAUUCGAUUUGAAGACUUUGUCAUCGGCCUCUCCGUUUUGCUGCGUGGCACAGUGCAUGAGAAGCUCAGCUGGGCAUUUAACCUCUAUGACAUCAACAAGGACGGCUACAUCACCAAGGAGGAGAUGUUGGCAAUCAUGAAAUCCAUCUAUGACAUGAUGGGCCGCUACACCUACCCGAUCGUGCGGGAAGACGCUCCUUUUGAGCACGUGGAAAAGUUCUUCCAGAAAAUGGACAAGAAUCAGGACGGCAUAGUCACCAUUGAGGAGUUCUUAGAGACAUGUCAAAAGGAUGAGAACAUCAUGAGCUCCAUGCAGCUUUUCGAAAAUGUCAUUUAG